CAUCCUUAUUUUCUUUUUCAACCCUUAAAUCACUUCAAUCCUUCCCUAUCUACUCUUCUUCACUCUUCAUCUUCUUCCUCAUCUCCAUUUUCACUCCCAAUCCAAGCUCAAAUUUCACAAUCAAUGGCGCUCUCAACACCUUCUUCAACACCCACAACUUUAUAUUACCAAUCCCUUCACAACACUCAUCACCCUUCACAAUCCCUUUCCCUUCUUCCAAAUCUCACUUCCCACCCAAAAAAAUUCAAUCUAUCAUCUCCAUUUACCCCAAAUUUCACCCCCAAAUCAUCAUCCUCCAUUAUCCAUACCCCCCAAAACCGUUUCUUUACAGUUCGUGCUGCACGGGGUAAGUUCGAAAGGAAAAAGCCCCAUGUAAAUAUAGGCACAAUUGGCCAUGUCGACCAUGGAAAAACUACUCUUACUGCUGCCCUUACAAUGGCGCUUGCUUCAAUGGGUAAUUCCGCACCAAAGAAGUACGAUGAAAUUGAUGCUGCUCCGGAAGAACGUGCUCGAGGUAUCACUAUCAAUACUGCUACUGUUGAAUAUGAAACUGAGAAUCGACAUUAUGCUCAUGUAGAUUGUCCUGGUCACGCUGAUUAUGUAAAGAAUAUGAUUACUGGUGCUGCACAAAUGGAUGGUGCUAUUCUUGUUGUUAGUGGUGCUGAUGGUCCGAUGCCACAAACUAAAGAGCAUAUACUGCUAGCUAAACAAGUGGGUGUUCCUAAUAUGUGUGUAUUUUUGAAUAAACAAGAUCAAGUUGAUGAUGAAGAACUUCUUCAAUUGGUUGAACUUGAGGUGAGGGAAUUACUGUCUAAUUAUGAUUUUCCUGGUGAUGAUAUACCUAUAGUUGCUGGUUCUGCAUUGUUAGCCCUUGAAGAAUUAAUGAAGAACCCUAAUAUUAAAAGAGGGGAAAAUGAAUGGGUUGAUAAAAUAUACAAACUUAUGGAUGCUGUUGAUGAGUAUAUUCCAAUUCCUACUAGACAAACUGAUUUACCCUUCUUAUUAGCUGUAGAAGAUGUGUUUUCGAUUACGGGUCGAGGAACUGUAGCUACUGGGAGGGUUGAAAGAGGGACUGUGAAAGUUGGGGAAACUGUGGAUAUUGUUGGAAUGAGGGAAACUAGGAAUACUACUGUUACUGGUGUUGAAAUGUUCCAGAAGAUUCUAGAUGAAGCAAUGGCUGGUGAUAAUGUAGGGAUUUUGCUGAGGGGUAUUCAGAAAGUUGAUAUUACAAGGGGUAUGGUUCUUGCAAAGCCAGGAACUAUUACCCCUCAUACCAAGUUUUCAGCCAUUGUUUAUGUGUUGAAGAAGGAAGAAGGCGGUAGGCAUUCGCCUUUUUUUGUGAAUUAUAGGCCUCAGUUUUAUAUGAGAACUACUGAUGUAACAGGGAAGGUUUCAAAGAUUAUGAAUGAUAAGGAUGAAGAGUCUAAGAUGGUUAUGCCCGGUGAUCGGGUUAAGAUGGAGGUCGAGCUUAUUGCUCCGGUUGCUUGUGAGGAAGGAAUGAGGUUUGCUAUUAGGGAAGGUGGUAAGACUGUUGGUGCUGGUGUUAUUCAGAAGAUUAUUGAGUAGUUGUUGUGUUGAUAGUUUUAGUCGGUCUAACAUGAUUCGCUAGCUGAUCCGCAAUUUGCUCAAAAUGACUUAAAGAUUGCCCAAAUCCAAUCACAAUUUGCGAUUUGUAAGGAGAUCAGCGAAUCAUGUGAGGCUUGUUUUAGCGAGUCUUGUUUGUAUGGUUUUGCUUCAUUUGGUUAGGUGCUUUUGGAAGAUAAUGUGAUUGGGGCUAAGCUGUAAAUUGUCCCUCUUUUACAUGUUUUUUGGAGAGUAGGCUUGAACAUUUGAGUAUUCUCAUAUUUGUGCAAUUCAGUUUACACCUUUUAUGAAUUUACCGUAUUGCCUUGCUGAUUCA